GACUAGGCACGCCCUGUUGAGACCUAAAGGUGUAUUUGGUCAUACACAGUUUUUGGAUGAGUGAUGAGUAGGCAUUAUGAUUGGCCUGAUGAUUGAAAUAAGUUGGGGUUUCUAUGGUGAGAAUGGUUGGUUAUGAUGUAAGCCAUGGAGCUAUUUUCAGCUCUAAGCAUUGUUGAUCACCUUUGAGGUAUAUGCUUGAAGUCAUCUCUAACUUUCAGAUGAUUUAGAUAUUAGUGCAUGAGUUCAAAGCAGUUGUGGAUGGCCAAGUUUUAUUUUGGUUGUUAAUUACUUUAACGUUUCUAUGGCCAGGCUUCAGAGCUGCAAACGAAUAUGAUGGAAACAAUGGAAGCUGCCGAUUUGAAGAAGCAGAAACAUAACCAUACUAGAAUGGAAGCCCUUGCUCGAUUGGGUAAACUGGAGACUGCAAAUGCUGAUCUUGCAAGAUCUCUAGCUACUGUUCAGAAGAAUCUAAAGAUUGAGAGUAAUCGAGUGGCAGAUCUACGACUAGAAGUUGAGCUGAAAGAAGUGACAGUUGAAGAAUCCAAGAGGAAGAUUUCUGAGACUCAGCAGACUGGAAUACAUAUUAACCAAUUGGGCGCUUCAAAAGGUGUAGAAUUUGAGCGAGAAAUUCUUGAAGCUGAGUGCUCUUUUCUGGCUGAUAAGAUUGGAAUACUGGAAAUCAAGGCAAAAGAGUUGGAAGCAGAUAUUGAAUUGACGAGAAAAGAUUUGGAAGAACCAACAGAAGUGGAGUAUGAACUAAAGCGCAGGCUUGGGCAGUUGACUGACCAUUUGAUUCAGAAGCAAGCUCAGGUGGAGGCGAUUUCUUCAUGUUACCCCUUCUUCAUGUUACGCUGUCAUCAUCGCCAUUCGCAAUGAUAAUCAUGCAGGCCUUGACGAGAUCGGUGGACGAGAACAAGUCGUCUACUAAUUCCACGGAUUUGGAAUCAGGAGCAAGUACAUGGGGGGAGAGGGCGAACGAGAGACGAAUGGCACUAGAGGAUAAACUUCGGCCAGGAAGGAAACACUUGGGUUCAUUGCUUGAACAGCUCGACGCUAUCUUUGUCGCUGGUGCAGUAUUCCUGAGGAGGAACCCGAGCGCGAAGAUGUGGGCUGGGAUUUACCUGGUAUGCCUUCACCUCUGGGUCAUUUACAUACUAACGUCACACUCAGGCGACCCGGUGGCGGAGGGAAGAUCUGGUGCCGUCAAUUCGCUGGAGAAUAUUAACAACACUGGCGCUGUAUAGCUCUUGUCUGUAAUUACAUUACACACUCCUACAACACUGGAGAAUCUUAACAACACUGUUCGGAAUUUUAAAUAGAGAUUGACAUACAUCAAAGAAUUCUUUUCUGUUGUAUCCAGAAUCUUUAACCAUAAACAAUCGUACUGAACCGGCGGGUUGGAUCGAUAAACAGGCUACCGCCAUUCAGGCAAAACUGUCAAACUUGGAACCUAAGGCAACACUGUCCAGUAUCUUUAAAGUCGUGAAUGGUUCAAGAAUCCAUAAACAUGGGGACUCUUAUGGUCAAUAACCAACUGCCCAACUG